CCUUCUAUGAAGACUGUUCCAGGCGCGACUAGCUGGGCUUGCUAUACACGGCUCUGUAAGCAAAAUGGAGCAGUACUCCUUAGAGAUCAUAUCGAUGCGACUGGAGCAAUACCAAUCUCGAAAAGCACAACAACCAACAGGGGCUAGACAGUCAAUUCCACGUCGACCCAGAUCUGAAGAUGAGUUUGACGGACGUACGUCAAAUCCGAAACGUUUUGUGGCAAUCGCCCGCGCUCCGUUCCUGGAUCUUCGUACAAGAUCUCCUGAAUGGGGGUUUCACUGCGUCGCCUGCAAAAUCCACCACUAUAAUCGACCGUUUCAUUGGCGAAGGAAGUUUACAGAGGAGACAUUCAAAAGCCAUCUUAGAGAGUGUGGAGAAAUUAUAGACGGAAAGCACGCAACGAAAGUAACUUAAUUGCAAUAAAGGGUUUUUACGGUUUAGGGUGUGCAAUCCAAUGAAUCCCGAUUGCUUCAUAUUCGCAUGCCCCCUGCUAAACCACCAAUAAGACUAUGAAGC